AUGCACCCGUAUCACUGCUGUAUCACCACUACCGCGCUGCUCCCUAUUCAAACCCGGCACAGACCAUGAGUAUCAAGGAUGGAUGGUUCUCUGAGACCGAGGUACUGUGGCCCGGGCAAAAAUUUUCUCUAGAGGUGAAGGAGGUGCUGUUCCACGAGCGAUCCGACUUUCAAGACGUGCUGGUGUUUGAUUCAGUGCACUAUGGUAAAGUGCUCGUCCUGGAUGGGGUGAUCCAGCUCACUGAACGAGAUGAGUGCUCGUAUCAAGAGAUGCUCACCCAUAUUCCGUGCUUCGCGCAAGGCGACCCCAAGAAGGUGCUUAUCGUAGGAGGCGGGGACGGCGGUGUACUUCGGGAGGUAGCCCGCCACCCCGGAGUGGAAACAAUUCACAUGUGCGAGAUCGACUCCGUGGUGUGCGAAGUGUCCAGGCGUUUCGAAUUUUGCACGGCAUCUGCCUUCGGCGAUGCGCGCCUCAAGCUUGUGCACGAAGAUGCCGCAGAAUUUGUCAAGAAAGAGGGUAACAGUGGGUAUGACGUCAUCAUCGUGGAUUCAUCCGACCCCGUCGGUCCUGCGGAAACCCUCUUCCAACCGAGUUUUUACCAAAACAUGAAGCAGGCUCUGGCGCCUAUGGGGGUCAUCGCAACGCAAGGGGAGUGCCUGUGGCUGCACCUGCCGCUGAUCACCACCGUCUUGCGUGCAUGUGCUGAGAUAUUUGGCUCUGUGGACUAUGCCUUCACAACGGUGCCCUCGUACCCAUCUGGACAGAUCGGAUUCGUUCUCGCAAGUGUGGAAGAGCGAGAUUUAUCGACGCCGGCAUCUACUCCCAAUGCUGCGAUGACGGAAGUGCUGAGAUACUACAGCCCGGAGGUUCACCGGGCCGCCUUCGUUCUUCCCGUCUUCGCAGAAAAAGAAAUAGCAGGCGUCAGACGGCGUUCUUCUAAAGAAUAAGAAACGCAAUCGUGGCUCGCUUACCACGAGUACAGGAUGCGCGGUAUUAACCCCCAAAUCCCGUUCCAGUUUUGGGAACGUGGACAUUGCUGUGUGUGUGCGUUUGUGAAAAUAAAAGGCCCAGGCCCCAACUUGAGAGUUUUCAGCCAUUGGGAACAAGCGCUAUUUUUCCGCGUACUGAGGUAUCUCUUCUCCUUGAUGUUUUCCUCUGGCUCGAUUGAAAUGGCGCACUCUUGGAUAAAUUUCAGGGUAUUUCACGGAGCGUUUUUCUCCACGGAGCGGAGCAGCUAAAACCGCUCCACUCACUCCGCUCCGUGAUACUUUCCCUGGAGAAAAACCGCUCGUAUCAUGAUAAAAAAAAACGCUCCGCUCCUCGAAAUUUGCUCUCGGAUAAACCGCCUCGCUCCGUGGAACUCCCCAAAAAUACGUACAAGCGGUUUUUUCACCGAGCGGUUUGAGCUACACCCUCACACGAGCACGGAUAAAACCGCAAUGAAGUCACGGAUAAAACCGCAGUACAGAGGUCACAGUUUUCCCACGGAGUCGCGGUAUAUCUCUCUAAUGUGAUAUUUUCACAGUAGGAGGUAUUAGGUAUUAGUACUGACAAGUUUCAACGGGAGGCAAGUAAAGGAAUCAUCUGCUGUUGUACGUGUUGCAGGAACUUAGGAGUCGAGGAAGUAUCGAUGCGGGGAACGGUCCCUUUCAGAAUAUUUGAUUAAUUGGUGUUUUGGUCUGUUUGGGCUGUACUAGCAGCGAUGACGCAAACGGUGUCACCGGCGGCCUCCAACCUCAGCACACCGUGCGGAAAAUCGGUUCUAGGUACCAAACCCGAAGUUUUCACGAAAUUGCAAAUACUAUAUCGAUUUUGUACGGAUAUCCGUUCGGUUUCGAAGUUUUUUUCGCGGUGUAUGCUACGGAGUAAACAAAAUCGCUCCGUAAAAAUACACGCACUACGGAUUAACCGCUACGCUCAGUGGCAUGAGAAAAAGAAACGCUCCACUCCGUCGGGCUUUUGCCCUCGGAUGAACCGCGGAGCGGUUCCACUCCGUGAGUUACC